UACAAAAUGAAACUAAGCACUUUAUUUCUACAUCUGCACGGUGAAUAUUGAAGCUCGCUGCUGCUCUUUCCUUUAUUAUAUAACUGUAUUGUGAUUUUGCAGCUGCAACAUGCAGGUUCUUGGAAUCACACUUGUCUUCUUGAUCCACUUACCUAGCCUGGUUCUGUCUGUGGAGCCUCUCACAAUAGGCAUUGGAGCUGGAUUGGGGAUUGCUUUCUAUUAUGGACGCUGCUACUUCAUGGAAUGUUGCAAUACAAAAAAUGAAAUUAACACUUCAAAUCUGCAAAAUGAUUUGGAGCAAAUGGUGUUUGGCCAACACUUGGCAACAGCAGUAGUUCAGAAAGCAGUGUCAGCAUUCAUGAAAAACAAAGACUCUCCCAAACCUCUAACCUUAUCCUUUCAUGGCUUGACUGGAACAGGCAAAACCUUUAUCAGUAAAAUAAUUGCAAAUAACAUGUAUGAAAAAGGGAUUGCAAGUAAAUUUGUCCACUUGUUUGACACUGCUCUACACUUUCCACAUAAGGAGUAUGCUGCUCGGUAUAAGGAGCAGCUGCAGGAAUGGAUUCGGGGAAAUGUUACAGCCUGUCCAAGAUCAAUGUUCAUUUUUUCAGAAAUGGACCAGAUGCCUCAUGGAGUGAUUGAUGCUCUCUCACCUUUUCUGAAGCACAGAGAUCAAAUUGAUGGGGUAUCCUACAGGAAAGCUAUCUUCAUCUUUAUAAGCAAUUCAGAAGGAGAGUACAUCACUGAGGUGGCUCUGAAUGUCAAGCAAGAAGGAAAAAGAAGAGAAGACAUUGAACUAAACAGUUUGGAGAACUCCUUGAGGGAGAGACUUUUCAACAACAAAAACAGUGGAUUUUGGAAUAGCAUGGUGCUCAAAAGAAAUCUGAUUGAUUAUUUUGUCCCAUUCUUACCACUGGAGUUCCAACAUGUUGUAAUGUGUGUGAAUGCAGAGCUGAAAUCCAGAGGCUAUCCUGAGAAUAAGAAACUGGCCACAAGGACUGCUGAAGAACUGUCAGACUUUCCUAAGGACUCUCAAAUCUACUCCAGCAAAGGAUGCAAGACAGUGUCAGCAAAACUAACUAUGUAUUUAUGAAUUGUAGUUUCAAGUAUUUUGAAGUGUCCCAAAUCAUCUUUUUUAACAUUUAUUUUUAAAUGACUCUACAACACAUACUAAGGUUUAGACAGCACAUAAUACACAAUCAACAGUGUGCAGCAUAAAGUACAAGUACAUAUGUUACUAUUUCUUCCUGUGGCCAUACCACCUUUUCCUCUGGUUUCGACUUUGCCAUCAGCAGUGGCUGCUGUCAUAUUCUAUACCCAAGAUCCUUUGCUAAGCCAGUUUGCAGUCUGUUUUUGUUAAUGGCUGCAAUUAUUUCAAGCUGCUUCAUGUAUGUGGUCUUCUGAGGCCAACAGGUAGAAGGUGAAUGAUAACUAAAACAGCUGCCUUUGUUUAUAAACAUGAAUUAUACAUUACUGAGGGUGACUGUUUGCCUAGCAAGCACUUCUUGACAAUCCUAAUGCCAUCAGUAUGUAGCAGAACACUGUAUUCCUGCAGCAGUCAGUACCCGACAUAUAAAUGUACUGUGAUUUAUUUUUUUAUUCAUUUUUUUUAAUUUAACUGCAAACCCACUGGACCUGGAUACACAUGCUCCUUUUCAGGCUGACAUAGGAGCACUGCCUGAUUAAGUGACUUGCUGAGAAUCGUACAGUAGACAGUUGGAGGUGGAAUAAAUCAAAUGUUGUGCUGUCUACUACAGCAGUGAGCUUGUUAACAGCUCAGAGCCUUAAUCUUUUUCACUUAACUACCAGAUAUAAUCUGACAUUACAAAUGGGGCAGUGAAUAUUGUUUUACUGUUUUAUUCAGUAAUGGAAUGCAGAUGAAGUUAUAUUAUGUAUUGAUAAAGUAAUACUAUAUGGAAAUAGAACUAUGUUCCUCAAGUAUAUUAAUUAGAUAUACAAAUAAAUCCAGGUCCAGCUUAGGUUAGGACCAGUAAAGUUUUA